AACAGCGGCGGUGAGGGUUGAGCGUCAGCGAGUGGGGGGCCUUCCUCUGCGAGAAGAGCUGGUCUCCCGAGCCGGUCUCCCCACUUCUCCGCUUGUCAAAAGGCUCGCCGUCCGGGUCCACUGCUGUUGGGGCUGCUGCACCUCACUGUCCCUUCUGGACGGCGGAACCCGAAGCUGCCUCUGUGGAGCCGCAGCGGAGGGGAGGAGCUUCCGCGGCCGCCGGUCACCGGCCCGGGAUGGUUCGCGGGGCCGUCCAGCUGUUGCUUCGGCGGCUGUUGUGGCCUUCUUUGGGUCUUUGAUACCCCAUAUUUAGUAAAAACUUAAUUCCCUUGCCAAAGGCAGAUGAGGAAAAGAAGUUGCUUUGAAAUCCAGCUGUUCUUAAAGACGGUGGUACCUCCAUGCAGUGCCUGAAGUUCCUAAAAAAAACAUCACACAGUCAAAGGGGUAAACUUUAGAAACCUAAAGAAGGCAACAUGAAGUUAUAUGUAUUUCUGGUCAACACCGGAACUACCCUCACCUUUGACACGGAACUUGCAGUACAGAAUGUGGCAGAUCUUAAACAAGCAAUCCAAACCAAAUAUAAGAUUGCUAUUCAGCAUCAGGUACUGGUCGUCAAUGGAGGAGAGUGUAUGGCAGCUGAGAGGAAAGUCUGCAGUUACAGUGCAGGAACGGACACAAACCCAAUUUUUCUCUUCAACAAGGAAAUGAUCUUGUGUGAACGUCCUCCAGCUAUCCCCAAAACAACAUUUUCGGCAGAAAAUGAGAUGGAAUUAAAAGUUGAAGAAUCUCUUAUGAUGCCUGCAGUUUUUCACACAGUAGCUUCACGGACUCAGCUUGCUGUAGAAAUGUAUGAGAUUGCCAAGAAACUUUGUUCCUUCUGUGAAGGUCUGGUCCAUGAUGAACAUCUUCAACACCAAGGCUGGACUGCCAUAAUGGCAAAUUUGGAAGAUUGCACAUAUUCUUAUCAAAAGCUGCUUUUCAGAUUUGAAAAUGUUUAUUCAAGUUACCUGCACUCCAUAGAUGAUAUUAAGCUGAAACUUACACACUUAGGGGCUGCUGUUUCUAUUAUGGCCAAGAUUCCCCUGCUGGAAUGUCUAACCAGACAUAGUUAUAGGGAAUGUUUAGAUCGACUGGAUUCUUCUUCUGAACAUGGAAGGACAGAAAGUGAAGAUACUGAAAAUGAGAAGUCUGCUGAAGUGAUGCAUUCUCCUGAUAUGCUUAAAAUGAACAAGCAGUCUCUGUUAGCAUCAUUUUGCAAAUCAGUAGAACACCCAGCCUCAGAUGGUACACUUUCUGACAAAGCGAAUGAAAAUAGGGAAGCCAGUCCAAAUCCUUCAGUCCAAGAAAGUGAUGCUUCAGUGGAGCUUAAAGAUGAUCUGCCUUCUUUCAAUGUCUCCCUUUUAGACUGGAUAAAUGUUCAAGAUAGACCUAAUGAUGUUGAAUCGUUGGUCAGAAAAUGUUUUGAUUCUAUGAGCAGACUUGAUCCAAGAAUUAUUCAGCCCUUUUUGGCAGACUGUCGACAAACAAUUGCCAAAUUAGAUAAUCAGAACAUGAAGGCCAUUAAGGGGCUUGAGGACAGGCUUUAUGCCUUGGACCAGAUGAUAGCUAGCUGUAGCAGACUGGUAAAUGAACAAAAAGAACUUGCUCAGGGAUUUUUAGCUAAUCAAAAGAGAGCAGAGAACUUAAAAGAUCCUUCUGUGUUACCUGAUUUGUGUUUGAGUCAUGCAAAUCAAUUGAUGAUCAUGCUAACUAACCACAGGAAACUUUUAGAUAUUAAACAGAAAUGUACCACUGCCAAACAAGAACUUGCAAAUAACUUACAAGUCCGUCUGAAGUGGUGCUGCUUUGUAAUGCUUCAUGCUGAUCAGGAUGGAGAGAAGUUACAAGCUUUGCUUCGUCUUGUAACAGAGCUGCUAGAAAGAGUGAAGAUUGUAGAGAAACUUAGUAAUGUCCCUCAGAUGUACUGUUUGGCUGUUGUUGAAGUUGUAAGGAGAAAAAUGUUUGUAAAACACUACAGAGAAUGGGCUGGUGCUUUAAUAAAAGAUGGGAAACAUCUUUAUGAUGCAGAGAAAGCCAAAAGGGAAUCUUUUGGAAAAUUAUUUAGGAAAUCUUUUCUAAGAAAUCGUUUGUUCAGAGGACUUGAUGCCUGGCCUCCAUCCUUUUGUACCCGAAAACCUCGCAGAUUUGAUGGUGAACUUCCUGAUAUCUCAUUAUCUGAUCUGCAAUUUCUUCAGUCAUUUUGUCCUUCAGAAGUACAGCCAUUACUCAGGGUCCCCAUACUUUGUGAUUUUGAACCUCUCCACCAGCAUGUACUUGCUCUACAUAAUCUGGUCAAAGCAGCACAAAGUUUGGAUGAAAUGUCACAGACCAUUACAGAUCUGCUGAAUGAACAAAAGGCUUCCAAUAGUCAAGCCUCACCCCAAUCUGUCACUACACCAAGGAUGGAAAGUACAGCAGGAAUAACAAUUGCUACCUCUCCUAAAACUCCUCCUCCACUUAGUCUUCAGGGUCCUCUGUGCCCACCUGAGUGUGCCCCAGGCCCUUUAGAAGAAUUGUCUCCAGACAGUAUUGAUGCCCAUACAUUUGAUUUUGAAACUAUUGGCCAUCCAAGCAUAGAGCAGUCCCUUAAGCAAGGGUCCUUAGACCUGGACUCACUGGCAGAAAGUCCAGAAUCUGAUUUUAUGUCAGCUGUGAAUGAGUUUAUAAUAGAAGAAAAUCCAGCCUCUCCAAAUGUGAUAAGUGAUCCACAAAGCCCAGAGAUGAUGGUGGAAUCCCUCUAUUCCUCAGUUAUCAAUGCAAUAGACAGCAGGAGGAUGCAAGACACAAAUAAAUCUGCAAAAGAGGAAAAUUCUGCUAUAAAUGUUUGUCUAGAAAAAUGUAGAGAUGUUGCUCAAGAAUCUCGAUUAAAUUUAAUAAACAUCAAAGAAGACCUUUUCCAUUUUAGAACAUUUGUAGAAAAAGAACAAUGUGACUUUUCCAGUUCUUUAAAAUAUACUUCAAUAGAAAUAAGAAAUAUUAUAGAAAAAGUCAAAUUUUCACUUGAAAAAACACUAAAAGAUAAGCAUCAAAAAGAACUGCAGUCUAUAAAAACGGAAUAUGAAACUAAAAUGAAUUCCUUAGUUGAAGAUGAUGAAGUGAACAAAAGAAAGAUUAUAAAAUUAAAACAUGACUUAAAAUGUCUUGAAGAUCUUCUGCAUGAUAAAAAUAAUGAAUUUGCAAUAGUAAAGAAUGAAAAGGAGGCAGUUAUGUUCUUACAAAAUGAAAAAGAUCAGAAGCUCCUUGAACUGGAAUGCCAAAUGAAGAAUAAGAGUAGUGAAAUUAAGGAACUAAGGGAAGCACGUGAAAGGGUAUUGGAAAGUUUGAAAAAGCUUCAUAUUGAAAAUGAUGAAAAAAUGCAGCUUCUGAAGUCAGAACUUCAAACUUUGGAGCAAGAUCAUCUAAAAGAAUUAGAAUGCAAUCUGCAUGUCAGACAUACACAAGCAUUUGAAGAACUGAUGGCCAAGCACCAUGAUUGUUUGGAGACAUUAAAAAGAGAAAAUCAAUAUCAACUUGAACAGAUACAGGAAUCUCAUGCUGCAGAUGUUCAUGAAAAAGAACAACAGAUUGAGGAAUUAAAACUUACGGUUUCUGAACUGUCUGACUUAAGAUGCAAAUUGGAAGUUGAACUUGCACUAAAAGAAGCAGAAACAGAUGAAAUGAAACUUCUGUUAGAAGAAAGCAAAACUCAACAGCAGGAUAAUUUAAAAUCCCUUGUUGACAAAGAAACUGAAAUUUUAAAAAAAGAGAUUGAUAAAUUGAAUCAUAUAAUUCAAGUUAAUAAUGAUGACUAUCAGGUAGGUCUAGCAGGACUGAGAACUUUAAUGACAAUUGAAAAAGAUCAGUGUAUUUCAGAACUGAUUGACAGGCACGAGGAAGAAACAAAUUUGCUUAGAAGUGAAUUGAGCAAAGUAACCUGUUUGCAUCAAAAAGCACUUGAAGCAGAAAACAGAUUGGAAGAACGAAUAACAGAAUUACAAGGUAAAGUAGAAUUGGAAGUGAGUGCCCUAGAGAAGCAAAAGGAGGAAAACUUAUCUCUGUGUGAACAACAGAAGAAAUAUGAAGUUGUUAUCAAUAAACUUCAAGAGGAAAAGGAACAGCUAGUAACUAACCAUGAGCAGGACAGGAAAAUGCUUGUGCAGAAGCUCAGCUGUGAAAAAGAAGCUGCAGUAAAAAAUGCCCUUAAAGCAUUUGAGUUGCAAAGGGAAGUUGUUGAAAAAGAACUUUUGGAAAAAAUCCAGCAGCUUGAGAUGCAAGUUAAUCGGAGUUUGGUUGAAUCAUCUGCAUCAAGUUUGGUUGCAGAACUUCAAGAGAAACUCCAGGAAGAAAAGGUGAAGUUUUUGGAACAGCUUGAAGAACAUGAGAAAAGAAAAAAUGAGGAAAUGCAAAACAUCCGAACAUCACUCACUGCAGAACAGCAGACUACCUUUAACACUGUUCUAACAAGAGAAAAAAUGAAAAAAGAAAACAUAAUAAAUGAUCUUAGUGACAAAUUAAAAAUGAUACAACAGCAGCAAGAAAGGGACAAAGAUCUGAUUGAAACCCUUUCUGAAGACCGAGCUCGCUUACUUGAAGAGAAGAAGAAACUUGAAGAAGAAGUUAAUAAGCUGAGAAGUAGUAAUUUUGUUGCAACAACGUAUUUACCUCCUCCUUCAGAAUCUUCUGGUGCUUGUGCAGCUGAUUUUACAGCCGAAACUGACCAGUUGACUUCAGAUACAACAGAGGAAGGAAGAAUGGAUUCCACAAUGGAAACUAGUAUGAUGGCUGUAAAUGAAAAUGUUCAGAUGUUGUCUGAAGAAAAACAGAGGAUAUUGUUGUUAGAAAAAACACUUCAGCUGAAAGAGGAGGAAAAUAAGAGGCUUAAUCAAAGAUUGAUGUCUCAAAGCAUGUCUUCAGUGUCUCUAAGACAUUCUGAAAAAAUUGCUAUUAGAGAUUUUCAGGUUGGCGAUUUGGUUCUCAUUAUUUUGGAUGAACGCCAUGACAACUAUGUAUUAUUUACCGUUAGCCCAACUUUGUAUUUCUUGCACUCAGAAUCGCUCACUGCACUUGAUCUCAAACCAGGUGAGUGUGCUUCAGGUGCAUCUCGAAGACCUUGGGUGUUGGGAAAAGUCAUGGAAAAGGAAUAUUGUCAGGCAAAAAAGGCACAAAACAGAUUCAAAGUUCCUCUGGGUACAAAAUUCUACAGAGUGAAAGCAGUGCCAUGGAACAAGAAAGUAUAACACAGGAUGGAAAUGCAACUCAUUACCUUAUGUUUUGGCUUGGCCUUCAGUGCUCAUUCAUCACUCCCAAGUAGUAGGCCAUCUUUUUAUACUGAGGUCACAUGACAACACUCCACCAUAUUUUUUUCUUUUUAAUGUUACAUUUUAGAAACAAGUUCAUCACAGUGUCUGGCCUAACUACUCCAGUUUUUUACCUGGAUAACUUUAGAAGUGUGGACCAAAUGAGUUCAUUUUCUGAAAGGGCAAAUCCUGGGUAUCAUGGCUUAUUUACUAGCCAUGUUAAUUGCCUGUUAAAUAUAUAUUAGUUCAUAUUAGGUGUUAAAUGUUAGCUAUCAUUACCAGCAUAUGUCCUUUUGUGAAAUCAUUAUCAAAGUACUUGCACUCUUUAACAGAUUCUUUAUAAUAUGUAUAAAUUCAUCAGCUAUUUAAAAAGGAGUGUUCAUUGCAUGCAGAUAAUCAUAAUUUUCUUCAACAUGAGUUUGCCUCAGUAGACGAGAAGGUAACUACGGCAACUUGCUUCACUGCAUUAAAAAGCCGUUCGAUACAAAAGAGAGAGAGAAAAGUACUUGUUAGGCUGACAUGAAUCAUUCGUAGGUAAGUCUGCAGUCUUCAAAAGUGUUUUUGAAGGAUUGAUCACAGAUUUUGAAGGGAAGUAUCUGUGCUUGUAUUUAAAUGAAGCAGCUGAAUCUUCCCAAGCCACAGAGAACUCUUGUAUUAAUCUAUUUAGAAAAAAUCAUAUUGAUGAAAUUGUAUUUCAUGACUGAGUUUUGCGGGGGGAGGGGUGGGGAGAGAAUCCAUUGUACAUUAACUAUAAAAAGGCCAUUUAAGUAACAAAUUAUUGUAUUGUAAAAGACGUGUAGAAUUUUAAAACAAUAAAGAUUUGAACCUAUAAA